UCCCAAUGAGACAAGUGUAUGAAUGUGAUCUCAGCAAUAACUAUUUAGAUUUGUAGCCAAAUCACUAAUGGCUCUUAAAAACUUAAUUUUGACCAGAGGAGGAAAUAAUAAUAAAAAAAUACUACUUAAAUUCUACUUUCAAAGAAAGCACAACUUUCCUUGAUGUGCUUAUAUUUUCAGGGGAUAUAUUCUCUGGUCAUCUCUCAUGUUGUGAACUAAGAACUCUAUGCUUUAUUCUGAAAUAUAUAAAUAUUGGUGACCUAAUUCUAGGAAAUCACUGCAGAUGAUUGAAAAAUAUACAUAUGAUCUUAUGCUUCAAAUUUUAUCCCUGGUACUGCAGAAAGCCUGUGAGAUGAAGUGAGAAGUUUAGAAAUCCUGACUUCAGAGAUUGAAGUUAGAUAUCAAAUGUUUGUACUUUCUGAGAGAUUGAAAAAAAAAACACCUAAAUCUCUCUCAAACAUUUUCAGUGUUACCUAUGGCUGCUCUUACUUAUUCUGUACUUUUCCAUUUACUUUCACAUCCUCAAAUCCUAGACUGAGAAUAAAUAUCACAUCAAUAUCUGAAAGUAAAUGUUGAAUAUUUUAGUGAUAAUUGGAUUUUCAUUAGUGUGAAGGAAUUGAGAUUUUGGAGGAGUAGAUAAAAGUACAAAAUAUUUAUUUGGAUUUGUUUUGUUUAUUUAAAAUAUUUAUAUAGCUAUCCAUCUUAUAACCAACUCUGAGCAGCUCCCACUCAAAGUUUCCUAAAAGAGUUAAAUAGAUGAUAAUUAACAAAGGAGUAGAGAUAUCUAACCACCCCCGUGACUCUGAAAGAAUUUCCUGUUCACAUCUAGCCACAUCAUAAUACUUAAAACUAAUAAAAUAAUUUAGGGCAAUAUAUCUCUCACAUUUAACCUCACUUCAAAUCUUGGAAGAAUUAGGCUGGAACAACAGCUGUUCCAAAGUCAUCAAGAGCUCACCAGAUAUAUGAGCUCAGUCUGAUCUUUGCACACUAAUACGCUGGGCUUUACAUUUGGGUAUCUUCAGAUCCCAUAUAUGAAUAGUUUAUGCAAACUGAAAUUUAGCCUUUUACCUACUAGAUUACAUUUCCCAUAGCAUAGAUGUGAACUUUAAUACAACACUUCUGGAUUGGGAACUUCAAAGAAAAUUGACAGCACUAGAAACCACUUGCAUGAAAUCAUGCUAUUAUAAAGUAAAAAUUCAUUGGUGCUAUCCAUAUUCUUAAGAGCUCAGCAACAUGUGGGCAUAAUCCUUAAAACAUACCUAUACAUUUGAACAAACCUAUUCUCAGAAUGAAGAUGGAUAUAUGAUGCCACUAGGUACCAAUACAUACAGUACAUGAUGAAACUAAGUAUUAGGGCAGUGUUUCUCAACACUGUGGAAUUCUGGGAGUUGUAGUUCAUACAUCUUAAAGUUGCUAAGAUUAAGAAACUAUGUAUUAGGAGAAUGGAAGCUCCUUGCUGUCUGCUGUUGCUGAACUACAAUUCCCAGGGACCUCAGGGGCAGGUAUGAAGAAUGCUGAAAACUGCAAUUCAGGGACAUCUGUAGAACCACAAAUUCUCAACUCUUGCAACUGAACUGAAAUAAUAAUUUAAUAAACUAUAAACGCCUUAGUCUGAGCUUCACCUACUGUUUCCAGAAGGCUUCCAAGAAUAAAAUACAAUGUUGUGACUACUAGUUGCCAAAAGCUCUAUAUAGCACAGUUGUAUUGGAGGUCAGUUUUCCAAGAAGAAUGACAAAAAGGCAAAUGUCAGCAAGAUGUUCACUUUAUUGAUAAAUUAUCAGAAAAAUGCCAGGAUCAUUAAAGAAAGAGAAAGGGUGGUGGGAAAGAAUGGAAAAUUCUAUAUAUUUGUCCUCAAUUUUAUACACUACUGCUGCUUAGCUUGCUUUGGAAGGUCUCCAUCUAAACAUUAAUGUACAUGUACUGUAUCUGUAGAUUGUUGCUGGACCAUCCUGGGACACAGCUCCUCUGUCCCCUCUCCUUUUAAAAUGCAUUGUAUGUUGUGUCAUACAUUGAACUCCAGGAUUUAAUUAAAAAACUAUUAUUUGAGAUGGCUUGCUGUCCUCAAAGUACUGUUGUGCAAAAUGAAAAGAGCAACUAGAUCCAGCCACCAGGUAUUUUCAGGGUGCCAGGUCUGGAGGGAAAAAAGAAAGAAAAGGACUAAUGUUACUAUGGGCCAUAAUCUUCCAAGAUAUCAGAUGCUGCCAUUGGCCUUACUAUAUAAGAAUCAUUUUUUAAUCACAAAUAUGGCAGUGUAAAAAUAAGGGCUUCCCCCAAAGGAGUUAAACUAAGAAUAAUCCCAAUUUUUGAGGACAGCUGAUCCACAGAUUGAAUAGAUAUAUCUGACUGCAGACACAGCUCUCUAAUGCAGUGUUUUCCAAACACUGUUCUAAUGUAUAAUUCUUAGUAGUGACAUACAUCUGCCCUUUGGGAUGUAAGGGUUUGGCUUAUUAGUCACUCUAGUCCCCAUUCCCCAGUGGACUGAAGUUCUUGUUCUGCCAAAGACCAAAAUGCGUUGCUCUUAUUCCCUCCCUCGUGUCUCCUUUCAGGCCCUGCCAUUUCAGAGACACACCCGUCAGCUGGCUCUCCACUGUUCAGUUUCCUUCUCAGGAAAUGUUUGCCCUUCUGUGUUUCCGGCAACUGCAGAGCAUGUCCAUUAUAAAGUCACUAUACAGUGGAGGAGAGGAUGUACUGGAGAUACCUCAUAUUUUGCUUGGGUGACUAGGCUGCUUCUGGGGGACUGUCAGGAGUGCCCAAGAAAAUGUCAGCUGACAGCUUGUCAACCAAAGCCCUGAAGAUCAAACGGGAGAUGGGUGAGAACACACCACAUCUUUCAGAUGAGGAGCUUAUGGGAUUGUCAGUGCGGGAACUUAACCACCAUCUGAGAGGCCUGUCCAAGGAGGAGGUAGCAAGAUUGAAGCAACGUCGGCGCACUCUGAAGAAUCGUGGCUAUGCGGCCAGCUGCCGAGUAAAGCGGGUGUGUCAAAAGGAGGAGCUCCAGAAGCAAAAGACAGAGUUAGAAAGGGAAGUUGAUAAGCUAGCACGGGAGAAUGCUGCCAUGCGCCUUGAGCUGGACGCCCUGCGUGGCAAGUAUGAAGCGCUGCAGGGCUUUGCCCGCACAGUCACUGCUCAUGGCACUGCCGCGAAGGUGGCAACUGCCAGCGUUAUCACCAUUGUCAAAUCUGGUUCCAACCAGGCCACCUACUCCUAGUGCCUACAAGCCGAGCCAUGAACUAAGUCCUGUUGCCAUGCCUCUGCACAGCUCUUACCUAAAGUGGCUGUAGCUGCACUGGCUCUUUCCUUCUCCCACUUUUGUUCUACCCACUGGAGGAGACACAGUUGACUUGAAGACCAAAUGGCUAAAUGUUGAACUUUGUCCGUAGUCCUUGCCUUCAUUGGAAGAUUGUGGGAAAGUGGUGCCCAACUUGUGUGUAAUUUUAGCUGUCAGUUAUUUGUGAAUUGGAUUACAGUGGCCAGUUAUUUUUCUUUUCCAUUUUAUAUUUGUUAGGUUUUCUUCUCUGCUGCUUCAUACCUUACGACUGAUUAAAUGUAAAACAGAGAGGUUUGAAAAUGAGAUCUUAGUUGGAAAUGCUGCUUCAGAGAAGUUUUGACAGCAAUUAUAGAGAAAGGCAGAUAGCUUCUACCUGAUGGGGGGGAAAAGGAGGAUGCCAAGAUUGAAGUCUCCUUUUAAUGUCUAAAACCUAGUGAUUAUAAUAAUCCAGAUGUUAUCAGAGGAUAUCAAUUUCCCAGUUUCUUGGUGCGUUGUUCAGACACAAGUCUAGGUAUUCAUGUAUAACUCUGUCUGCUUUUUGUUGUAAACCAUAGUUCCCAGUUACCUACUGUUUAAUUCAGAGCCUCUUGAUUGCAUCAGCAUGAAAUUGUUGUUUUACAAGAAUCAGUCUGAGCCUUUGAUGAGUAGACAUUUAAAUAAGGUCAAGAAAAGUGUCAUUGCUUGGUGACUGCAAGGGUGAUGGAACAACGGAUCACAAAAGGGACAUGGUCAAGAAAAGAGCUAGUUGCUGCUAACCCACCCUAGGAAGAAUAAAGGAAUUAUGCCCAUUGCAGAGAUUGGAGAGACAAUCUCUCUGCAACUGUGUGUGGAUGCAGCUGUGCUCCAAAUACUCUUUUGAUUGUAAAAGUGCUCUUUUGCUAAGGUUAUAAGAUUUAUGGACAAAAUAGAAGCAGUUUUCUAAAGAGGGAGAAAGAGAGAGAGAGAGAGAGACAAGAAAAUGGGAAAAGUAAAGAGGGAGUGUAUUAAAUGAGGCGGGAUGGAUAAAGCAAGUGAGACUGAUGGACAGUGAAGGGUCAUCAGAAUUACAAGUGAAGUUCUAGAGAAGACACUGAGGUCUAAAACAAUUAGUUCCAUGAGGGGUACCAAUAGCAACAAACAGAAUGUAAUGAAGAGACCCUUUUGUAUUUUCUUUCUGUUUUUGCAUUGGCAAAAGACUAGAAAUAGAAACUCAGGAAAGAAAUAUACCCAACUAUUACAGAGAUUAAGACAUUUUAUGUUCAAGAAAACCAAGCUAUAUGAAGGUUGGCCCAACCUCAAGAAGCAUUACAGGCAAUUGGGUGUAGGGUUCUGAGGGGUUCAGAAUCAGUCCUAAUCAUAGUGAUGGGGUGUAACCCAGCACAUCUCUUCCAGUUUCUUUUUUUCCCCAAAAAAGCAAGUUGAGAAAGAUCCAGUCACUUAUAUAGAACACGGAAAAGAGACUUUGGUUGGAAAUACAUUGGUAAGGAAUAUAGUUCCUCUGUGCUGUUUUGUGGCCUAAUUUUUUCCCCAUUCAGCUGUGUAAAAUGCAAGAUGCAUUUCUAUUGAGGAAAGUGUAGUAGCUGAAAUUCAAAACUCUUUUCUUCUUUACAUCUGAAGGAUACAUUUUCACAAGAGCAGCAAAAUAGCUUGAAUCGUAGCCAAAAAUAAUUUCUGUCAUGAAAAUAAAACCUAGUUUGGUCUAAGCUAGCACAAUGGCAGAGUUAGGUUCUCCUGGAUGCCACUGUAUUUGUCUCUUGUUCUUUUAAGAUAAUAUUCUCAUAUGCACUUAGUAGGAUUUACUGUAAAAACCACACACUUCAAUUUUUAAAAAUGUUUACAAUCACAAUCUCACCCCUUUCAUUGUAGCAGCUUUUAUACCGUCCAGUGGUUUUCAUUCUGCCAUGUUGGCUGGAAAUAUGUAUUGCAGAGAACACAAACAUGGAAAAAAACUGAUACCAUUCAAAAGCCUAACUUAGUAAACACACAAAUUUAAACAGUGUAUUGUUUCCCUUUCUCUGCCAUGCUGUCAUGAAUCCCAUAUGCCAUUUAAACCAAGCUGCCUGCAUGUACACACAGAAUAUUAGUAGCAUUGGACUUGUAGAAUCAGCUAUUGAUAUACUGCCUAUCUGUAUGCCUUUUUGGCUAAGCAGUUUUAGCCCAUUGCCUUCUCAUUUUAAAGUGGAUAUGACAUUUUACGUCAAGCAUGGAUGAUAUGAGAAUAGCACAUCUGUACCAAGAGACACUGGCAGCUCCAUUGCUUAAGAAACUGGGAAGUUUAUACACCUGGGAGACAUGGAUACAGUAAUUCUGUGGAAAGCAUGGAGAAGGGUUAGAUUAGAAGAUUUAGGAAAGUACCUUCUUCCAUUAAAUAUAUGUUGCUAACAUAAGAACCAGUGAGUAUUUGUGGGUAAUCAUUUCCAGGCAUGUGCCAGUGACUUAUUUAAGUGGCAAAUAUGAUCCAUUUUUAAAAAAGACAUAUGGUUGGGUUUACCCAUCCUGCAGCUUAACGUGACUUCUACCCCUAAGAUGGAAUCAGCUUCCAAACCAGUGUUGUCCAUCCUUCCUCUCCAACCUUUUGAUCCUUAGUGGGGAUUCCCUCUUUAACGUUUCUCCCCUUGUCACCCUAUUUUUCCUUGUUCCUACCCUGUGAUUUAUUUAUUGCACGAAUAUAAGUUAUUUUCACAUUCUUUAUGCCGUUCUGCCUUGUGGCACGGCCGGGAUGUUGGUACAGAGCUGUACUUUAUAUUUUAUAUAUGCAAAUCACAUUUUAUCUUCUAUAGAGCAAGAAAAAAGUACUUAUUUAUUUUCUGACUUACAGUAAGUGUCCUGCCAGACUCCUCUGUAUUUUGUAGAAUUUACAAAUAAAGCCAGAUUUUUUUUCCAAAAUGGAGAAACUGAAAAUAA